AUGGCUCCGUCCAUUCUCAACUUCAGAGGACUUCGGCGUCGUUCGAAAGCCAGCUUCAAGACCGACCGCUCAAACACCGACGUUUCUAGCGAUGCCAGCAACAUGACCACUCCCACUGCCACAAGCGGUGCCUCGACCCCACCAUCCAUGGCUCAAGCCUCCGAUUCUGCUCUCGAUCUCCAAGUGAAGGACUCCAAUGGGGGUAAUCCUCAAGCUCGCCCGCCGCUGCAACCCGUCCCCAAUUCCCACCGACACAGCGUCUCUGGUAUGGCAGGCCUCGGUUCUCCUGUUGUGGGCGGGAAAUCGGCAUUGCCAGUUUCUCAAUAUGCGCCCCGAAUUGCAAAUAUCACCGACAAUGCCUGGGCCCUCGUCUACCUACAGCCAGGCCCAAACAAGAUCCGCUUCGACUUCUCAAGUCCAAAGUUACCCAACAGCUCGUCAUCUAAUCCAAUUCACGCAUCCUACUUGACGAUUCACAUGUUGCCGGCGAAUAAUGCACCUCCGCUGCAGCUCGCUAUCGUGGUUGCCAAGGAUUCUCCCGAGACUUUCGAUGCGGUGCCUACAAGGAUCGAGCGAGAGGGCAAUGAUUUGGAGACGGCAGUCCGCAAAUUCCGAAUGGCCGCUUACCUCUGGCAAGCCUUUACAGCUGAGCAAAUGUGGCGAAACAAACUUGGACGUCGUGUCUUCAGGUUUGAGGAGGAAUGGACCGCCGGCACAUCGAACCAACGAGAUCGAGAGAACGGAAACUUGCGCUCCGAGGCCAGGAUCCAUAUCAUCAGGUCAGACAAGACAGUCGCUGAACUUAGAGAUCUCGAGCUGGCGCAGCAGAAUGAGAAGGCGAGCAAGAAGGGGGACCUAUACGAAAUAGCUGCUGAGGCGGUGAAACAAUACUUUAGGCCACUAGGUGGUCAAAAGCAGUACGUUUCCGUGCUGAUGCUCGAUACGCAAUGGGACAAGGAGGCGAAUGUUGUAAGGGGUCACGCGGCGCUGGGCGGUAAUGCAGGCGAUCUGCACCUGGCCAUUUUCGGGUCCCAUUGCCUGCAAAGCUAUCCCACGAGUUUCGAAGAAGUCGUCCCUGCAUUUACGGAUUGCACUCCGACUGACCUCACCUAUGUCGCCAACGACUGCAACCAGGCUGGCAGCUCUUGGGAGGCAGCGAACAUCGGGAUUGGUGCUCAUCUGCACGAGACAGGUCACCUAUUUGGAUGUCCUCAUCAGGAAUCUGGUGUGAUGCUCCGCGACUACCUGACACUCAAUCGCAGCUUCGUGACCCGCGAGGCAUUUUGCACAAGGACCAAGUCCAAGGGGGGCCUGGUUCUUCAAGACGACGAGUGCGGUUGGCACCGCCUUGAUUGCUUACGUUUCCGCGCCCAUCCCUGCUUCAGGUUGCCAAACGAUCCCCCCAUGAACGCUGACGACAGCGUCCAUGCUUUCCCAGUUGAGAGUGGAAACGUGGUCGUAAUGGCGGCGACUGGAAUCGCGUUUAUCGAGCUAUUCGCAGAGGACGAUGAUCUCUGCCGAAAAUGGAUUGAAUACCCCCUCGAAAACAGUUCGGUACAACGUCAACUAACUCUGAACGACCGCGAGCUACGCGAGAAGCUCCCAGAGAACAAGCGGAAGGGGCGGCUUAGGGUGUCGGUCAAAUCGCAUGGCGGUGGUUCCUUGGAUAUCGACGAUUUCAAAAAGCUGUGCUCCAAAGAGUCUUCUUUCAAACUGACACCUGGUCCGCUCGGCAAGACAGCCUACAGAGGCAAGCCUCUGGGCAACUCAGCCAUGGAUGGCACUGAACCACAGGAAAUCAUUUUUGAGAGCGGCGGAAAACAGAACCGAGUGCUCUCCCGCAUCAUCUUCUACCAUGGAUACGCAGUAGACGGCAUGGAAUUCGUUUACGACGACGACACAACGCAAUUAUUUGGGAAGCGGGGAGGUAAAGAGGGUGGCGAUGCGUUCGAUUUUGAUAUUCGCCGGGGUGAAUACAUCUCAGGCUUUUACGUCCGCUCGGGUGCUUGGAUUGAUGCAAUUCAGGUCCUCACGAGCUUGGGCAGACGGUCGCCUAUAUUUGGCAAUGCUCAGGGCGGAUCUACGUAA